CGAAAUGUCACAUGCGUUUACUUAUACCAGUGCAUGCAUAUCAAGCUAGCCAUUACGAAACGUCUAUUGUAUCAAUAUUGUAUUGUAUUUGCCUCACGUAGCAAAUUAACAAUUCAAUUUUCCGUUGACCUCCAUACAAAAAUUCCUCACGUCGUGGGCAGAUUUUGGGUGGAGUAAAAGCUCUCGCUUCGCCUUUUCCUCUCUGUAGCUGCACAUAACUACACGAUUCACAUUGUUGCUAGCAUAUUUAAACCAAAUUAUUAGCAUAUUACUGAGAUACAAAGUUUCAAUCAUCUGCAGAAGCAAGACCGAACUCUGUUUAGUUUUCGCAAACAUUUGAAAAUGUUGAGCAGUGUUUCUCUCCGGGCUCAGAUCGCUUCCAUCAUAGAGGUACUUUCUAAAACUGCGGUUGCAGAAAUUGGCAAAGUAGUCGACGAUGGCAUAGUUGUGUUACGUUUAGAAAUGUGUCGACGGGAAAAUGAAAUCAACGUCCUGAAAAAUAAUGUACAACAACUUGACAGCGAGCUUCGAAGAGCUCGAGGGAUUAAUGCUCGAAGACGCAUUCAUCAUGGUCGAUCAGUCGCUGCUGAGAAUCUUAGGAGAGGGCCUCGUAAAGGUGGUACCACUUGUGUGGGGAAGACCUCGCUUGAAAAACUGCAGCCUAAGGAAGAUUUGAAUGAAAAAGAUGGACCUGCGGAUGAGAUUCUGGUGAAGACUGAGCCAGGAGGAGAGGGUCAGCAGGAAGAGCGGACUACAGGGAUAAAAGACAAGGAAGCAUCAUGCAGCAGUGUUUUCUUUCCAGGGAAACCAUAUUUAGAGUCAGACGUCAGAGAGGAUAUGAUUUUACAGCUCAGACAGCAACAACGUUAUCGGCAGUCAGACGCGCUCAGGAGAACAAGCGACGGCACAGUAAAGUCAAAUCCAGACCCUCAAAGUGUAUUGGGUUCUGACCCAAAUUAUAAUACGGCAAGGAGAGCGAGCAACAAAAUAUUUUGCCAGGUUAAGAAACACUUCAUUUGCACACUGUGUGGAAAGAGUUUUGAACGUUACGGUCAUCUUGAAAGGCAUCUACGAAUUCAUACGGGUGAGAAACCGUACAGCUGUGACAUAUGUGGAAGGUGUUUCAACCAGAAGGGUAGCCUCAAAGGGCAUCUGAAGACUCACAGAGUAUCGAUGGACGGACUAGCUAACAACGAAGAGAAGCCUCCCCUGGAUAGACGUCAGACUGAGGAAGAGCAGUUGAACGAAAAGGACGAAGUGUUCCAAACUGCUCUUCAGAUGCCUAUGAAGUCUGAGCCAGGGGAGGAGAAGGAUGCAUUCCAGACACUAGAUCCUAAAGCAGAAGAACAGACUGCAGGGAGAGCAGAACAGCGACUGGAUGUUGAAUUGUCAAUGUACGAGAGAGACAGCCAGCCGUGGAUGUCCGGUCCACAAGCAGACAACGAUAUGGAGACGAGCAAUUCAGAAUAUUUCAGCAGUUCGGGUCAGAACUCCCAGUGUCUCACUGAUCACUCUCCUGUACUUCCUGUCCCAGAAAUGGUGGAGGCGUCAUGCAGCAGUGCUUCAUCUCCAGGGAAACCAUAUGUAGAUGUCAGCGAGGAUAUGAUUUUACAGCUCAGGCAGAAACAUUAUGGAUCUUCAGACACACUCUUGAUAGCAAGUGACGGUACAGUACAGCCAAACUCACAGGUCAUGGACGGGGCUUCUCUGAACCAUCCUCCCAUCUUCUCCAGUUUUCCGGAAAGGAAAGUGAAAACCUUCCAAGGAGUCACCAAGGACAAGAAUUGCUUCAUCUGCUCAUUCUGUGGGAAAGUUUUUGAGCGUGUUGGUCAUCUGGAAAGGCACCAGCGAAUUCAUACGGGUGAGAAACCGUAUAGUUGUGACAUAUGCGGAAGGUGUUUCAACCAGAAGAGUAGUCUCAAAGGGCAUCUGAAAACUCACAGAGCAGACGAUGCUGACAUGCUAACGGGACAACCGCCGCUUGAUGAUAAGAAGCCUGACGUUUAUCCUAGACCCUCGGAGAACCCAGAGGAACCGAGGGAUCAGCCCUCACCUGCUGAAGCACAGCCUAGCUCAGGGUACAGUGAGGAGGGCAGGGGGCAGGGGUUGGUGGGGGAAGCAGAGAAAGAGAAGCAGUUUGAAUCCCAGAUACUCAGUCAGUCAGGACCUCCACAUCAACAAAGCACAGAGCGACCAGGUUACCAGGACGACCCAGAGUAUGUCAUGGAUGAGAGGGAGAGUCAGCUGUGUAGAUCUUUCACAGAGAGGCACAGUGAUACUGAGUCUGGAUCACUACAUCCAGGUUGCUCCUCUGAUGUGACAAAGCAGCAGAACUCCCAUCCUGUUUCACCCAGUGUCAAAUACCAUCACAGUCCUUUUGAUGGACUGCACCACCACCACGGGUUCUAUACGUCAGCUUCUAGAGAGGUGGAACUGGGAGACGUGUCUUUUCAGGAAGAGAAAGACAAGUUGGAUGUGAUUGAGCAAGAGCAGUACGCAGGGAUGGUUCUACAUGCAAGGAACAGGGAGGAUGGUGAUGGGACAAUACUACCCAGGUUUCAGAACCGGGUACCACCGCCACAACUACCUGUAGAGGAGGAAACGGCAAUGAGCGCUUACAUCACACAACCAAACUACAGUCAAGAGGGGAUUUUAUUUGCCCUUGGCAUAGACAGUUUUGACAGUACAGAGGGCAGCAGUGCCACUACAGACGACACAAGAAAUAGAUGUUUCAUAUGCUCCUUUUGUGGGAAAAGUUUUGAUCGCCAUAGUCAUUUUGAAAGACACCUGCACACUCAUACUGGUGAGAAGCCCUACAGCUGUGAGAUAUGUGGUAAGACUUUCACUCAGAAGAGCAGCCUGAAAGCUCAUCAGAGACUUCAUACAGGUUAAUCAAGGGCCAAAGAGUCUUAGUUUGUGUUCCGAAUGGCACCCUAUUCGUUAUUUAGUGCACUAUUUUUUAGGGUAUGAAUUGCCAUUUGGGACGCACACUUACCUUGCUGAAAGUUGUUUACGCUUAAUCAAAACUCAAUCAACACCAGUUAAUAAGUAUGGGACAUUUGGCUGCUAUUGUUAACACGUUGAUGGUGUUGCAACAGUUUAGAAGUCCAACUAAAUUGUGUUGAUAAGAUGUCUUGUUUGUUUGUUUGAUAUGGUCGUUUUUACUUUUUAAUUACAUAUAUUUUUUACCUUUUUUAAUUGAGAAUCAAUUCUCAUUUACAAUAGCGAUAUUCAAAUGUUGGUGUUACGUAAAAAAGAAAAGGUUGGGUGGUUCUUUGUUUUAUGUCAUCAGGUAUCUCUCCAAUAAUGUAAAAGGGUUUUUAAGAAAACCUUUCCUGCAUCAACCUUAUGGAUCAUUGAUCCAAUUUAACAUGUAGGCUACAUAUCCAUUUUUUUGUGUGUGAAGACCUUGAUGGUAGGGUUGCGUCUAUAACCCUUGAUCAUGACUCUGUUGCAUUACAUUACACAUAAGUCAUUGGACGUAAGCAUCUUCUGUUUGGGGGAGUUUUAAGAGCCCAGACAUUCGAUUUGAACAUUACCACGCGUCGCUUGUGGUAUGGUUUUGGAAGCAUAAGGAUCUUAUCUUUCAUAUCAGCUAGAAAAUAUAUUUUUUAAAGUUAAAUUAAUACACACCUUUUUUAUGGGGUUAGUGUUUCCACAAGGCUGAUUAGCCAUCUCCUAACACCUGUGUGUAAAUGGAUGUCACCACAAACACGGAAAAAUACUGUCUUCUGCAACUAUGUUAAAACAGUACGUUUCUAUUUGUGAAAUUAUUUUUUUGAUGUAACAUUAAAGUAGAGGGAUUUAUGUAUCUAGAACCAACUGCUGCAAUUGAGAAUAGAUUCACGUUUAGAUGGUGUAUUUGGCUGUUUUGGCUUCCAGACCCAAUUCGCCUCUAAACAGAACAUUUCAGGUCCUUGGACAAUAAGGAGUAACGUUAGACUCCUUUAGUUCAUUAUUGGGCUAGGUUGCUUACUACUCAAUGAGUAGAGUAGUUCAAAUGAUUGAGUUUUUUACUCCAGCUAUCUUAACCCAGGUAAAUCAACCAAAAACAUUUUUGCUUUGAUUUGUUUUUUUGUGGUUUUCUGCUUGUGGAUUUUUGAAAUAAAUGUAAAAUUGUGAACGUCUCAA